AAAUUUUCAAGCCUGAUGUUUUUGCAGUGACUCAGAGGCUCGGGACUGCUGCAGAAGGAGACACCCUCUGCUUCUGUCUCUUCACCUGAAAGCCACCUCCCUUGCCCUGUGUCACCAUGGUGCGUGCCUGUGGCCUACUAACCCGCCUGGAGGAACCAGUGCCACUGAAGAGCAUCUCUGUGACCUUGUCCAUUUGUGAGUUUGUGGCUGGUGUGUCUGCUACCUUAAAUUAUGAGAAUGUGGAGAAAACUCCUUUGGAGGCCUUCUUUGUAUUCCCCAUGGAUGAAGACUCAGCUGUCUAUAGUUUCGAGGCCAUGGUGGAUGGGAAGAAAAUUAUGGCAGAAUUACAGGACAAGAUGAAGGCCCACGGCAACUAUGAGAAUGCCAUCAGCCAGGGCCACCAAGCCUUCCUAUUGGAGGAAGACAAGUGCUCCAGGGAUGUCUUCUGUUGUAAUGUGGGGAACCUCCAUCCUGGGUCGAAGGCGGCACUCACCCUGAAGUAUGUGCAGGAGCUGCCCCUGGAAGCAGAUGGCUCCCUGCGCUAUGUGCUCCCAGCUAUUCUGAAUCCUCGGUACCAACUGUCUGGAUGGCCUGAGGACAGUUGCCUUAAAAUGAAGACUCCUGUAGUCCCGUUGGAGGACCUGCCCUACACACUCAGCAUGGUUGCCACCAUCAGUUCCCAGCAUGGCAUUCAGAGAAUCCAAUGCAACUGCCCCUUGAGUCCCAUUGAAUACCUUGGAGAUGAUAAGACAUCUGCUCAGACUUCCUUGGCUGAUGGACACAAAUUUGAUCAAGAUGUGGAACUCCUAAUUUACUACAAUGAGGUACAUACCCCCAGUGUAGCUGUGGAGAUGGGGAAACCUACAACGGAGCCAGACUGUUUGAUGGGAGAUCCAUGUGCAAUGGUGAGUUUCUACCCGAAUAUUCCAGAAGCUCAGCCACCAAUUACCUAUGGAGAAUUUGUCUUCCUCAUGGACCGCUCAGGAAGUAUGCAGGGCCCAAUGAGUAAACAGGAUAAAUCUCAGCUGCGCAUAGAGGCAGCCAAGGAAACACUGAUUUUGUUGCUGAAGAGUUUGCCUAUAGGCUGUUAUUUCAACGUGUAUGGAUUUGGAUCUUGCUAUGAGGCAUUUUUUAAGCGUAGUGUGAAGUACUCUCAGCGUACCAUGGAGGAGGCACUGAGGAAACUUAAACUUAUGAAGGCUGAUCUAGGGGGCACGGAAAUCUUGACACCACUCAAGAACAUUUACAGUGGACCUUCCAUCCCCGGCCACCCCCUACAGCUUUUUGUCUUCACAGAUGGAGAAGUUACUGAUACAUUUAGUGUAAUUAAAGAAGUUAAGAACAACAAUCGGAGGCACAGAUGUUUCUCAUUUGGUAUCGGAGAAGGAGCCUCCACCAGCCUAAUAAAAGGCAUUGCCCGGGUAUCAGGGGGUGCAUCAGAAUUUAUCACAGGCAAGGAGAGGAUGCAGUCCAAGGCUCUUAGGGCCCUGAAACGUUCUCUGCAGCCUGUAGUAGAGGAUGUUUCUUUGAGCUGGGAUUUGUCUCCUGGUCUCUCUGCGAAAAUGCUUUCCCCAGAACAGACUGUCAUCUUUAGAGGUCAGAGGUUAAUCGUCUACGCCCAAUUGACUGGGAUGAUGCCGCCAGCAGAGGCAACAGGAGAAGUUUGCCUCAAAUACACCCUCCAGGGCAAGAAUUUUGAGAAUAAAGUGACAUUUUCUCUACAACCCAAGACUGAUACCAACCUUGCCAUUCACCGCCUUGCUGCCAAGUCCUUUCUCCAGACUAAGGACAUGGGCUUCAGGGAGACUCCAGCAAAUGAUAAAAAAGACGUGUUAAAAGUCAGCAUUGAGUGUGGAGUCAUAAGCUCCCACACAGCAUUCAUUGCCAUCAACAAGGAUCUCAACAAGCCAGUUCAGGGCCCCCUGGUUCGUAGAGACAUUCCAAGGCCAAUUCUAUUGUGUGCUUCUGCUGCGAUGUCCCGUGGAGGUGCUUAUACAAAGGCCUCAUCCUCCUACCGUCCUCCUGCGUCUCGGCCCAUGAGGAGCACUUCUUACUACUCAAGCAUGUCAUACCAGCAAAAUUGUUAUGAUCCCCAUAGGUCCACAAUUAGCAAGAGCCUGUAUUCUCUAGUCUUCGGAGAUAAUCAUCUUGUACAGCUGAUUUCCCUCCAAAAGGCAGAUGGUUCCUGGGAUCUGAAUGAAGGUCUGGCCAUGGUUCUAGGUAUGAGUUUGGAAGAUAUACUGGCUGCACUCCCUAUCCAGAAUGGGGAUUCCUCAGGCUGGGCCACAGUCUUGGCGGUGCUCUGGCUCCAUGCCAAUGCUAAGGACAUGAAGUCCGAGUGGGAGCUUCUGGAAAGAAAAGCUGUGGCCUGGAUUCACAUGCAUGCAGGCUCUGUCAUGAAUGUGCUUAUGAGAGCUGCUAUUGCUUUCCUGAAAUCAUCUGUGGAUCCUGCCAUCUUUGUCCUCUGAGGAUACCAUCCAGAAAAAACAAGAUCUUCUUCUAUGCUACUGUCCUUUUCUUUACGCCUUCUUCUGCUGUAAUGUGUUUUUGUAUUUUACACCUGCCCUGUCAGUUUCUUGUCAUAAAAGUAAAGGAUGCCCACCCCUGACCCCUGCCUCUGUGUUCCAGGAUAUAAUUUUCAUUAAGAUAAUGAUUUUCCUUUGGAUAUAAUUUUCCUUUCCCCAGCAAAUACCCUCAGUGAAGUGUCAGUAGUCCCAGAACAUGUUCCCUUUCUUGGAGAAACGGAUUCCUAGGCAAGUAAUCAAAGGAUUCCUAGGCAGUAAGGUUCCUCCUAGGUUUUCCAGAGUGAUAACAUGAAAAACAAGUGACAUAGACUCCAGACUAAAGAUUACAACAUUGAUGUUAGAGAAUGCCUGAAUUAGAGAAUUCUCUGCAUUAUUUUUAUUUGCUUUUGAUUUUAUAUACUUAUCAGGACCAGACUGGGGAACUAUACAGUUUUCUAUUCUUAGAGACGAGGAAGGGAGGUUAAAAGCCAAUGCUGGGAUUGAUAUAACCUCAAAUGACAAAGAGACUCAAUGGGUCCAGUGUGAGCAAUGGCACUGUUGGGGACCUUCUUGAUGGAUGCUAUUUGGGUUUUGCUACCCGAUACUGCAUGUCUUCUCUCUCAUUGCCUAAAGGACUUGGGUUGAAUUAUACCUCUUGGGGACAUGUUUCUCUUUAAUCAGGAACCAUCUUAGUAAAAGGAUGAUAAUGGAAUCCUUACUCCUAGCCUGAACCUGUGAGGCUCCUAAAGCACGCUCUGAUCUAGUAUACUAAAGGAAACAAAAAGUUUAAAGGUAGUUUUGCCUGAGACCUUAACUACCCCAUUAUAAAGGAAGGAGAGCCCCUUGAUUGUUUGUGACCUUUAUAUUCUACAUUCUCUAUCCUAGUGAAAGUGACCCUAUUUGAUGUGUUGUCCCCUAAAAUACUGUUGUAUCAAUAUUAAAAUGGCUAUCUCUACUCUGCACUUUGUUGUAUCUGAUCUUUUGUAGAUUUAUUCACUGAACCUGCAUUGGUUUAAUUAUGCCUUGUUUUUCCUUCCAACUUUUCUGAUGCUGCCAAUGUUCGCACUGUGUACUGUCCCCAUAACUUACGUUUUAGGCUGAUUUCCUGUCUUACUUGAAGCAAGUUAAGGGCACUGGACAGAAAACUACUGUUUAAGUCCUGACCACACACUUAAAUAGUUAAGCGAUGAUAAAUAAAUAAAUAACUUCUCAAAUAAAUAAAUAACUUCUCAUGAGCUUAGUAUACCCAUCUGUAAAACUAAAUGAUUGAAUUAGAACUCUGUUAUCACUUUCACCUUGAAUACUCAAGAAUCCAGACCUCAAUAUCUGUUCAUCCUUUAAGGUAUAGGAUGGGCCUACGCUGAGUUCCAUUAAACUGCUGAGUGAACUGGCGUGAUUUGCUUGAGUUGCAUAAUAGAGACUGAUCUCCCAGGACUGGAGGGCUGUGGCAUCACCUGGAAGCUUGUUAGAAAUGCAGGCUUUUAGGCAACCACAAAGAACUACUUUAUCAAAAUCUCCAUUUCAACACAGGUCUCCCAGUAAUUCAUGUGCACAUUAAACUGAGAAGUGAAGGCUUAGCUUUUUUCAUGAAACAGGCUUGUUUCCAAAUCUGCCAUGUAGAUAGGCCAUAUUGAUGUAAUGACAGAGGAGACAACUUUGUAAGGACCAUGAAAUGUCUAGAUCUGCCCACUGCCCAGAAAAAAUGACCCUUUACAUUUAUUACGUAGAGCAUGUG